AUGUCAUCAUUUGUCCCAAAUGUGGGAAGAAAUUCUAUUCCCAAAGGGGAUUUCGACACCAUAAAGAUGUGCAUCAACCUGAAUUUAAAUGCGAAAAGUGUAAUUUUUCCUCCAAUUACAGGAAUUCAUUGGCUAAACACAAGAAACAUUCCUGCAAAGCUUCUCAAAUAUUCAUUCUGUGCCCAACGGAAGAUUCGUAAGGGCAUAGCCUCGGCAAAACAUGAAACGAUCACGAUGUUCAUCAAGUCAUUAAGUCAAUCAGGUGGGCAGAAGUAUGAAUGUCGACUAUGUAAUGCGACUAUGCUGACGAGAAAGGAAUAUUCAAAGCAUCUUCAAAUGCACGAGAUGUCUGGCAACAUUUGUCCCAAAUGUGGGAAGAAAUUCUGUUCCCGAAGGGGAUUUCAACACCAUAAAGAUGUGCAUCAACCUAAAUCUCAAUGUGAAAUUUGUAACAAUUCCUUUUCUUAUACAACUACACUGCAGCAACACAAGCGACUACAACACGGAGUUACGGGCGAAACGAAACAAAAUCCACAGCUGGAACGUACUUUGGCAGAGACACGAAAAGAUCACAUUGCCGAUCGAAGUUCAAUAGGUCAACAAGACCACUCAAGUGAUGACUAUCUCCCUGAAAACUUUAACAUCGGCAGCCCCGAUAUUAACAUUCUCGAUUACUGCGAUUUUGCAGCAUUAGGCCCAGAUAUAGACACAUUACUCAACGAAUGGGAUCAAAACUGUUGA